AUGGCUCUCUUUGGAGUCAAGAGACGUAAAGAUGGAAAUGAGAAAUCGACUGGUUCUAGUCCACCUCAUAAAGAAAUACCAAAUCAACCACACCACAAUCGAUUCGAUUCAACUUCAAAUCAACAUUCUCAUCAUCCAAUCUCUCAUGAUCUCAACAGACCUCAUCCUCCAAUCUCUUCUCAACAAGCUCUCUCUAAUUCUUUCUCAGCUCCUCGUUCUAACUUUACUCCUCCUACCAAUCAUCAAAAUCAUCAAAUCAAUCCCAUUCAGCAAAUCAAUCCUAAUCAGCAAAUCAAUCCUAACCAGCAACCCAUCCAACAACCUAUUCAACAACCUAUCCAACAAGCUCAAGCUCAAGCUCAAAAAUCAUCUACACCUCAACCAUCCACUGUCAUCUAUCCUUGGUCUCAUCGUCGAUUAGGUCUUUUACCACCUGCUCCUUUUCCCGGUGAUCCUUCUCCUGUCAAUGGUUCAAGUCAACUUCGAGCUUCUGCACCUCCUUUUCCGAGAUAUGGUCACUCUGUCAAUGCAAUGGGAACUCCUACCGGUUCUGGUGAUCUAUACAUCUUUGCUGGUCUCGUCAAGGAUCAAGUCAAGAAUGAUCUUUAUGUCUUGAAUAUUGCCAGUCCUCCUUCGUCGGUUGGAUCAAAUGCUCCUGUUCAACUUCAUAAUCAAGUCUUACCUGUCGGUUUAGUAGAAACUAGGGGUGAAGUUCCAUUACCAAGAGUGGGUCAUGCUUCGGUUGGAGUGGGUAAUGUACUCAUCGUUUGGGGUGGUGAUACUAAAACAUCUGAAGAAGAAAUUCAAGAUGAUGGAUUAUAUUUACUUAAUCUAUCAACACGUGAAUGGACUCGAGUGAAGAUCUCUGGUGAUUGUCCUGAAGGUCGUUAUGGUCAUUCUGCUGCAAUCAUUGGUAGUAAAUUUUAUAUCUUUGGUGGUCAAACUGAUCAAGGUGGUUUUAUGAAUGAUUUGUGGAGUUUCGAUUUACAUAAACUCAAGUCAGGUGCCCCACAGUGGCAGUGUAUUGAAAGUGCUCCAAAUGAAGUCGCACCUACCCGUCGUACCGGUCACACUGUAGUCACUCAUGGUGAAUCAAUCUUUGUCUUUGGUGGAACCGAUGGUCAAUAUCAUUAUAAUGAUACUUGGAAGUUUGAUACUACCACUGGUCAAUGGAAGGAACUUGAUUGUAUUGGAUACAUUCCCCUUCCUAGGGAAGGUCACUCUGCUACUUUAGUGGAUGAUGUGAUGUAUGUGCUUGGUGGACGUGGUGUGGAUGGAAAAGAUUUGGACGAUUUGGCUGCUUUUAAAAUCUCAAAUCAACGAUGGUAUAUGUUUCAAAACAUGGGUCCUGCUCCAGCUGGUCGCUCUGGUCAUACAAUGGCGUCUUGGCAAGGCAAGGUUUAUGUACUCGGAGGGGAGUCUUAUACUUCUGCUAGACCGGAUGACCCGUCUAUCGUUCAUGUCCUCGACACCGGUAAGAUCAAGUAUCCUCCGGACCCAGCUACUGUUGCUCGACAGCAAUUGCAAGCCUCCAGCCGAAAGACAUCCAAUCCGAAUCUUCAUAGCCCACCCCCUGGCUCUAUAGGUCCCAGAGGCAACGCAUCUAAUGUCAUCCAACAAGGCUCCCAAGGUCCGAGGGCCUAUGCUUCGCCCGCAUCACCCGAAAACGCAAACACUACGGAUUCGAUCAGCAAUCGGGGUAACAAACGGGCUACCACAGGUGCCACCUCUAAUCCUCCCUCUCGACCUCGCCGUGAGGAUGACCCUCCUUUGAAUGCUACAGCUGUGAUGAAUAGAAGGACGAUUGGUUCAUCAAACACAUCUCCCUCGCGAACGAUGUCACCUUCUCACAGUGUGAAUGCAUCACAACAAGGACAUGUAUCUGUCACCGGUAACGAGAACUCGUCUCGUAGAUCGAUCUCGCCAAUCGUUUCACAUAGCAAGAAUCCUAGUCUAGAUCAAUCAGUUCGUACUUCGCCUGUUCACAAACCGCCAAGGCCCCCACCUCCGACCUCUACACAAAACGUCGCGAAUCCUCUUCAGUCUAAUUCUACGUCAUCGUCUCCUGUUCAUCAACGCAUGUCAUCUGAAGUAGCUCGCAAAUUGAACAAUGCAAGUCCCCCGGUAGGUGGGAUGAGAAAUGCUGAGAGGGGAUCCAAUCCACCCCAUCAAUUCUCUAGCCUUGGUUCUCAGAUGGAAGAAGAUCAUCAUCGUCUUCAAAAGAAAAACAUGUGGAUGAAAGCUGCUCUUGCUACAGCAGUCAAACAAGGUUUUAUGCUUCCAUCCAGUGAGGAUGAUGAUCCUGAUGAGCUUGCAGAUAGAAACUGGUUAAAUAGCUUUCAAUCACCUAGUCCCGAAGGGAAUGAUAAAGCCAAAGAUUGGCAGCGGUUGGUUGAAGCUUUGAUCCAGCUUAAGCGGGAGUUAGCAAAGGCCAAGGGUCAAAUGGUCGAUCAAGCCAAAUCGUUGGACGAUCGUGUUUCAGAAGCUGGCAAAACGAAAUCGGCUGCUCUACAAGAAGCAUCAUUUUAUCGAGUGAAACUAGCAGCUUAUGAAUCAGGAUCAGUGUCAGAUGUCAACAAGAUUGAACGAGAAAGAAUCUCCGAUUUGGAAUCUAAAUUAUCAGAGAUCAUAAUUUGUAAAUCUGGACUAGAACGACAACUCGUUCAAUUGAAUCAUGAGCUUGAACAAGAACGACAUUUACGAGAGAUGUUAGAAGAGAACACAUCUAAGACGAAUGAACGAUCUAAUCAUCUCGAGGCAUUACAUUCACGUACGACAUUGGAUUAUGAAGAAUUGUUGAACAAGACACGUGGUCUUGAUCUACAUGCAUCAGAACAUAUUGAAAGGUAUACCGUCUUGGAAUCAUCUCAUCAAAGUACUCUUAGCGAUCUAGAAAGUUAUCGUCAUAAACUUCAAGUUAGUGAAUCCUCGAAUGAGAAAUAUUUAAUUGCACUUGAACAGCUGCAAGACACUUUGAAUGCGACCCAUGGACGUGUAGAAGAAGUCGAACAGUUUUGGGAACAAACUAAAGAAGAAUUAGAUGUACAGAAAUCAACAGCUAUGGAAUUGAGUCGAGAACUUGAAAGUCGAUUAGAUGAGAUUUCAACCUCCACUUCAAAAAUACAAGAAUUAGAACAAAUUCUGAUGAGUGUUAAAGAAGAGAAUCUUACGUUGAAGAAAUUGAAUCAAACUGGUUUAGCAGACUUGAUUUUGAUUAGUAAAUCUAAACUUGAAGAAAGUCGAGGGAUGAAAUCAGAUGGAUCAGAAGAUCAAUUGAAUGAAGAAAGAUCUAAAGGAUUGAAAUUGUUACAUGAUCAAUCGAAGAAUAAAUUAGAGAGUGUUUUGAUGGAAUUAACGGAAGUGAAGACGAGAAACAUGAUCUUGGAUCGAGAAUUAGUAAAGAGUCAAUCUGAGAUGAGUAGGAUGAAUGUCAAAUUUUCACAAUUGAUAAAUGAUUCGAACAGGAUGAAAUCUCAAAUGAAAUUAAAAGAGAUGGAUCUGAAAGAAAAGGUUAGGUUAACUGAAGUAGCUGAAGUGAAAGCAUCUUUAAUGAAGAAUAUGAUGGCCGAUAAUGGAUUAUUAGGAGGAGCAGAUGAAGAGAUUGGAACGCGAUUUUUUGAUCCUAAUCAUCUUAAUGGAGCUAGUAGUAGUGGUAUGAGUAUGUUGGGAUCCAAUGAAAUGAUUGGAGCUGAACACAUCACCAAACGAGUUAAAGAACUUGAACAACGAUUAGAACAACGAAACCAAUUACAUAAACAAUUAGAAUCUAAACAAGAAGAAACUCAAAAAGAGAUGAACCAGUUGGAAGAAAAGUAUUUAGAUGCACAUCGAAAACAUGAAGCUGCAGCUGAUGAGAUUGCAUCUUUAGUUCAAGAAGUUCAAAGGUUAAGAUCAGGUGGAGCUACUUCUGUUUCAUUGACUUCGGCUGAAGGAGGAACUGGACCAGGAGGAGGAUCAGGAACACAACAAGGAAAAGUAGAAGAAGAAUUACAAGUGCUUCAAGAAAGACAUCGAACUUUGGAACAAACUCAUAUUAAAGCAGUUCAAUAUGUUAAAGGAACGGAAAAGAUGUUGAGAAGGAUGAAAGAUGAAUUAUCAAAGUAUAAAGAAAAGACUGAGAAUUUAGAAAGUGAAUUGAGUGAGUUUAGGAAAUCAUCGAAUGGAGGAUCAGGAGGAGGAGGAGAAUUAAAGAAUCAAUUGAUUGAAUUAACAUCACAACUUGAAAGGUUAAGAGUUUCAUCUAAACAAUCGAAUUUGGAAAACGAAUCGUUACAGAAGAAGAUGAGUUUAUUACAAAUCGAAUAUGAAAGAGAUAUGAAAUCGUAUGAAGAAAGUUCAAGAAGACGAUUAGAAGAACUUCAAGAAGAUUGUAAUUCUAUGGAAAAGAAGAAUGAACAACUUGAAGAUCGAUUGAAUGAGUUUAUUAAAGAGAAUACGAGUUUGAAAGAUAUCAUUAGUCAGAAACAGAACCAAAAGCAGAAAAAGAAGGGAGAUGGUGAUGGUGAUGGAAAGAAUGAAGGAGAAGAAGGGUUGGGUGGUUUGGAACAUGCUUUGAAGCAGAUUGAUUGGCUUAAACAAGAAAAUGUAGAAUUACAAGGGAAAUGUAGAGACGCAGAAGCAAAGAUCUCAUUAUUAUUAGAUCAUAUGGAAAAUCAUUCAAAUGGAUCAGAAGAUCAAUUAGAUGGAAUCGGAAAUCCAAGUAAUGGAUUAGGUAUCGGAUUAAGAGAUCUUCAAGCCAGUACGGAUUCUAGAUUCGAUUGGGAUUUACAUAGAAGAUCGAAUGGGAUCGAAUCGAUUGGAUCUGAUUAUAGUGCUGGGUAUGUUGGAGAUGAAGGAGUUGAUGAAGUUGAUAAGAACCUUCGAAGCAAUAUUGGUGCGGGUACGGGGAAAGUUGCUGGUACUGGUCAGAGUCAUGCGUGAACUUUUAGAGGGCUUGGGAGGUUAUGAUGUUGUGGGUUUGGUAUAUGUAGGAUGGAUCAAAGAGUUUAUAGAGAAUUGUAAUGGAAAAGAACAAAUUAAAUUAAAUUACAAUCACAAUCGGAAGGUUUUUCUCUUUUUUUUUCUGUCUUUUUGAGGAAGAGUGGGAUGGUUUUGGUUGGUUAAAUGGGUUUUUUCUGUUGUAUAAUGAAUGACAUCAUGCUUAAUUUUUUUUGUUAUAUAUAAAAUGAUUAUAUUUAACGAAAUUUGA